GCCUUGUCCUGAGGGGGUAUUAGCAAACUUUCUCGCUGAGUCUGUCUGGUUGAGUGUAGAACACGUCGAAAAAAUUUAGGUCUCCAUCAUAGAAACUAACAAAGUGUAUCAACUCCUUAUUAAAGUGAAUAACUGCUAUUAGUGUCCUAGAAGAUUAUGGAUCGAAAUAUGUCUGUCCCCACUUCAAAUUCUUCUCAAGGUGCUGAUGGGACUGCUGAAGUUAUUGAACCACUUCUUCCACCAUCUGAUGAUCCACCACCACCUUUCACACUGACAGUUGCAAAUGAAGGAUUGGUGCAAGUACUAAGUGGCGCUGGUCCUUACAAAACUGAAGAUAUGGAACCACCAUCUUAUGAUGUGGCAAUCAAACUGCCUACUUAUGAAGAGGCUCAACAGGAGAAAAUGAUUGCUGAACAGCAACAUCGCUAUCCACAUUCUGUGGAUCCACGUUGUGUACCCACUGGCUCUGGAAAUUACAACUUCAUGUCACCAUUUUCUCAUCCUGUGGGUGCUGAAUCCCAGUUUGAUUCUAAUACUGCUGAGCUUGCUCUGGGAACUGAUGUUUACUUCUUUGCAUCAUUUUUAAUUGCAUUUCUUUUCAACUGGAUUGGAUUUCUUUUGCUAAUGUGUGCUUGUCACACUGUUGCUGGACGUUAUGGUGCGCUUGCUGGAUUUGGACUGUCUCUAGCCAAAUGGACUUUGAUUGUCAAACAUUCCACGGACUUGGCGUCCAAUGACAACAAUUGGCUGUGGUGGCUAAUUAUGGCUUUUGGUGUUCUGAUCUGCGUACGGGCUGUUAUUCAAUACUUGUGUAUCAAGAGAGAAUGGCAUCGUCUUUCACGUGCUGCCCAGGAACGUGUCGUUUUUUUUUACUAACUAAAAUAAGACAGCCGAAAUCUCAACAAUAUUUAGAAGCCGGGCGAUGGAGAUUCGUGCGUUUCCACCAGAUUUUCAUCGUCUUCAAUGUCAAUGGGCAUCAACCGGUUUGAUUUCUUUUUCACAUCGCAAAUUCAAAUACGCAAAAUUUUUUAAUAAUUUGUUUCUACCAACAUGAGUUUUUCGAUCGCCGUGCCGACUCGUAUAUAUAUAUAUAGUUAGCCAGUAUUAGUUAGGCGGGUCAUGAAUUUUUCAAUCUUGUUUAAAAAAAAAAGUUUCAUUCAACAGGCGAUCGUAUUGAAUCCUACAUGUUCGAAUUUGUCGAUAAUGUCCACCGCUGUGUGGCUUCUGUUCAAUCUUCAAACAUCGCAGAAUUUUCACAAUCGUGACUGACGUAAUUGAAGCCAACAGCGUUUUAUUUGUGAUUUUACCUUAUCAUUCAAUUUGUAGUUCGACUAUGGGCCAGUCAACUAAGACUGGGCCGUUUUGUUUUUUGGUGUCGUAACAAUAUAUUGUUGUGGAUAAAAUUCGGAACAAAAUUUGCGAAUGUGUGGUUGUCAUUGCUUUCAUCACCUGAUUUGCACGCCGUUGGUUGUUACACUUCAAUACUUUCUUAAAAUUGUAUUUAAGAAACAAUAGUGCUUGAGCUGCAUUAGUAGCCAGUACUGUUUAGUUUAACUCCCACUCUUAUGGAUUGCAUUGGAUUUUCUUCGCUUAUCACUCAUUAGCACAUUUAAGAUCUUGUAUUAAUAUUCUUCACCCUGGAAAUAACGUGCUGAAUGUUGGAAAACACGUUUUUUUUUUAUGUUUUGAUAAGUGGAAAAUAGGUUUUAAGUUCGCUAUAUGAAUAUAUACACUACACAACAUGGAGCUUGAUAGUGGAACAGAAGUUUAUUGGCUGACAAAAUAUACGAAUUCAAUUGA